GCGGUUGCUGAGGCAGCGGGAGCCUCCGCAGCAUCCCCGGGAGCCGCGCACGCAAACUCCUCCUCCCCGACUCCCUGCCUGCUUCCUUUGCAAAGAUGGCAACCGAGGGGCUCCACGAGAACGAGACCUUGGCAUCGCUGAAGAACGAGGCCGAGAGCCUGAAGGGCAAGCUGGAGGAGGAGAGGGCCAAGCUGCAUGAYGUGGAGCUUCACCAGGUGGCAGAGCGCGUGGAGGCCCUGGGCCAGUUUGUGAUGAAGACCAGAAGAACCCUGAAGGGCCAUGGCAAUAAAGUGCUCUGCAUGGACUGGUGCAAGGACAAAAGAAGAAUUGUGAGCUCUUCCCAGGAUGGGAAGGUGAUCGUGUGGGAUUCCUUCACUACCAACAAGGAACACGCAGUGACGAUGCCGUGUACCUGGGUGAUGGCGUGUGCCUAUGCCCCAUCCGGAUGUGCCAUUGCCUGCGGAGGCCUGGACAACAAGUGCUCUGUGUACCCACUGACAUUUGACAAAAAUGAAAAUAUGGCUGCAAAGAAGAAAUCCGUUGCAAUGCACACAAACUACCUGUCUGCCUGCAGCUUCACUAACUCAGACAUGCAGAUCCUGACAGCAAGUGGAGAUGGGACCUGUGCGCUCUGGGAUGUUGAGAGUGGGCAGCUUCUACAAAGUUUCCAUGGUCAUGGAGCUGAUGUCCUGUGUCUGGAUCUGGCCCCUUCUGAAACGGGAAAUACCUUUGUUUCUGGGGGAUGCGACAAGAAGGCCAUGGUUUGGGAUAUGCGCUCCGGUCAGUGCAUCCAGUCAUUUGAAACCCAUGAUUCAGAUAUCAACAGUGUCAGAUAUUACCCAAGUGGAGAUGCUUUUGCCUCUGGUUCAGACGAUGCCACGUGUCGUUUAUAUGACCUUCGUGCAGAUAGAGAAGUAGCCAUUUAUUCCAAAGAGAGCAUCAUUUUUGGAGCAUCUAGUGUGGACUUCUCCCUCAGCGGUCGUCUGCUGUUUGCAGGGUAUAAUGACUACACCAUAAACGUCUGGGACGUGCUGAAAGGGUCUCGUGUGUCCAUCCUGUUCGGCCACGAAAAUCGCGUUAGCACCUUGCGCGUGUCUCCCGAUGGCACAGCAUUCUGCUCAGGGUCCUGGGACCACACUCUGAGAAUCUGGGCUUAACCUGAGAUCCUGUAUCUAAAAUCAAAUGAAGACUUACAACCUGGACUACAAAAGCUGCAUAGAAACACCCCCAAAUCAAGUACUUGCUAUACUAUAAAAUAGUGAYGCUGAAACCACAGAUAAACACAACUAGGUAGAUAAUGUAAUCUGCUUGAACACAUAGCAACCAUCAACUUGUAGGAAAAUGAAAUGUUUUUAAUUCUGUUUUUGAAACUAUCUCCUACUAGAACUAGUUUAGAUAAGUAUAAAAAGAGGCUUUUCUCUAAAGUCAUCUGUAUGAUAGAAAUGAGUCCUUCUGUGCACAAUAUGUAUUUAUUUGCAUGAAUUGGGUUUCUUUUUAUGGCAAACGAAAAAAAAAUCCUGAUUUUAUUUUAUUGGGGUGUAGUAUAAGACUUUGGAAACAUUCCGUAGUAGUGCGUUGAAAUUUGAUAUUGAGAAGUGRAAAGAAAAACAACUCUCUGAUACUUUAUGAUGGCAUUAUGAAUGGCUGAGCCGUGGUACUAAGUGGAGCAGCAAAGGACCCGCUGUGAAGGUACAGGCUGUUGUGGUAAAAAGGCAUUUUUUGUACAAAAAACUGAAUCCUUUCAAUCCCUGUUUUUUCCUACUUCCUUUUUAGAUAGAAGUAAGUAUUUCAUCUCUGUUAUCUGAAUUUAAGGAAUCUAAAUGUAGACAAAAAGAUUAACUGCAAAGUUGAGGGAUAUUAACAUGAUUUGCAUAAUCAUGAGGUACUAUUUUAACCAGUAGUUUCUUAGAAAUUUUUAAUUGUAUCACUUGAUGAGUGAAUUUUCUUUUACAUAAAGGGAUACUACAUGCUAAGCACUGGGAUACUACAUGCUAAGCACUAGGCACCAUUAUGCUGAUGGUCAGGUCUUUUCCAAGUCAGUCACAGCCAUUCUGUGAUCAUGAUUCUUAUUUACAUGUUGGCUAAGUCACACUAUUUUGGCAGGGUAAUAUAGCCUUAAAUGUGUAUAAAGGCAAUAUAUUCCCAUUUAAGUUUUUUUUUUUUGCCAUAUGAGAGGAGUAAAAAUCAAUGUAAAUACAGAUCAGACCUUACAAGCCAAAUUGUACAGUUCUUACUCUAACAGAUCUCUCACUGAAGUGAAGGUGGUUUUGUCACAACUGGGCCUUCAGCACGAACAGCAGUGAUGAUGUGAAGAACUGCUCUAAGUCACAGUCCUGCAAACAGUAUGCAAAAUAUAUGGACAUACAGGUGCGAUGCUUUCCAGAACAAGCAAUCCSAGCAGAUGGAUGAGCAGGCAGGUUUUAGGGGAGGAAUAUAACUGGCCACAUGUGCUGCAGGUCCUGGCCCUCUAUGUGACCGUCAGAAAGUGAUAUAGACCAGCAGGACUGGAGCCAAGGCUGUAGAAUGAAGAUAUAUCUGGAUAAAAUGGUUAAUUAUAGAACUAUGGAAAAUUUCUAUCUAUACUCAUACACUGGAAACUAUUGAGACUAGAAUGAGUCACCUUUGCUCAUGUGGAUGGUGCUGAGGUGAGUUGAACUUGGGGAGUGAAGCACUGGAGUAAUGCCGGGGUCAGCAGAGUCUGGCCUCCAAAAUGUAAGUAAUAAAAAGCAUAUCCGAAAAGAUGAAARAUACCAUUUAUGUUUAGUUUGAAACAACAGUAAAGUAACAAUCACUGGAGUAGGCUGUUCACAUAAUUUAGGUGCUUAAUAACCUAAUUCUAUUUAAAAWUUGAUUUAACUGUAUAAAAAUUGUUUUACAAAAGAGAUCUCCACUUCCAUGAAAACAUUCAGUUCCAUGAAUCCAUGACUGAUUACGGACAUUUCAGGAUCAGGUCAGUCUUCAGUCCCUAAUGAAAUAAUUCAGCUGUUUCCACUUGGAAAAGUCAACUCCRAUGCUUUGCAAUAUAUAUGAUAAACUGUCCCUGUAAAAAAAUGAAUGCACUAUGGAAAAUGUAAUGUUAUAUAGAGCUCACUGUGCAAUACUGAGUCACUACACUGUAAACAUUUGAUCAGAAGUUGAAAAUUAAUGUUUAGAUAGUAUUUAUUGG